AUGCAUACUUUCAAGAACAAAGUGUCCAUUCGAAUCGGAAACGAAGCCGUCGACGGGUUCCUUUCGUUCACUUCCGAGCGUGUACUGUUCUCUCGAGAAGACGACGAUAAAGAAGAAACGUCGUGGAAAGCGUUCCAAAUAUACUUCAAAAGCGUUUGCGUGCACGCGAUAGAGUCGUUGGUGGUGCACGCGUCCCCGGAGGAGGAAAAGAAGGAGGAAAAGAAGGUUGGGGAGAAGUGUUUGUAUUUGCAAGUGGAGGGCGAGUUGGAUCCUUUAAUUGUACGAAACGCCAUCGAACGAAGCGACGAGGACGAGGAAGACGACUCGUUCGAGGAACCGGCGACGGAAGUGCGGAUUUUUCCAGUGUUGUCAGAUGACGAAGAAGGUAAAGAAGAAGAAGAAGAAGAGAGAAUGGUAUUAGAGGAGAUGUUUGAACGCAUGAACGAGUGCGCUACGUUAAAUCCGGACACGGAGGACGAGAACGAGAACGACGAGAACGACGAUCCGAUGUUUUUCGGCGCAAAUGGGAUGGUUACCGCGGAGACGUUGUCGUUUCUCGAGGAGGGUGGUGGUGGUGAGUAUUUUACGAACGAGUUUGCGAUACGAGAAGCCGGGUUCGGGGAGAAGUUGGAUGAGUUCGAGAGGAAGUUGGUGAUAAGUGAGGAGGAUCGGAUGAGGUUUGAAGAUGCCGAAGAAUAG